AUGGAUGUUACCCCUGGCGCGCAAGCAGCUCUGCAACGUUUUCGAGAGCAACAGGGGAACAAUCCGGUCAGCAACGAACUACGAAUUGGAGCUCCCUGUAGGAAUAACGCGUGCGACAAGUCGUACUCGGGUCCUGAGUCGGACGCAACACCCUGUAUCCAUCAUCCGGGCCAAGCUAUUUUUCAUGAAGGUAUGAAAUAUUGGUCAUGCUGUGAGAAGAAAACAUCGAAUUUCAACGCUUUCCUGGCGCAAGGAAGGCUGUGCAAGAGGGAAGCAUCAAUGGAGUGCGGCCUUGCCUUUCAUAUUGGUCUCGUUAAGAAUGAAAAAGUGGAAAACAUUCGAGAUGACUGGUUCUCGAGCAACGGAACGGUCACAAUCAAUGUGUAUUGCAAAGGCGCAGUUCCCGAUGAUGUUCGAGUAACCAGUGACGGACAGAUGUUACGUCUUCAUGUCGUUCAUGGUUUUGGAAAGAAGGAAACGGAUCUUAUUUAUGAUCUCUGGGGUGAAAUAGUGUGCAACGAAAGUCGUGUAGUAGUAGGAGAGAGGAAGGUAGAAAUAAUCAUGAAGCAGAAGGAUGUUGCUGGAUGGCCCCGACUGCGUUACGACCCCGCCUUAGAUGGUAGAGAAAAUGCGGAAGAAGUCAUGGCAGAAUAA